AUGAUUAUCCCUAUAGGAAAAACGCUCGGUCAAACUUUCUUCAAAAGAGCAAUGUCUAAAUCGGUUAAGAACUACGAUUACUUGGUCAUAGGGGGUGGCUCGGGAGGUGUAGCAUCUGCCAGAAGAGCUGCGUCUUAUGGUGCCAAGACUUUGCUAAUCGAGGGUAAAGCUCUCGGUGGCACAUGUGUAAAUGUUGGGUGUGUCCCUAAGAAAGUCAUGUGGUAUGCUUCUGACUUGGCAACAAGAUUGAAACAAGCGCAUGAGUACGGUCUAUAUCAAGAUCUGCCUUUGGAUAAGGAGCAUUUAACAUUCAAUUGGCCGGAAUUUAAAAAAAAAAGAGAUGCAUACGUUCACAGAUUGAAUGGGAUCUACGCUAGCAAUUUAGCGAAAGAGGGCGUUGAUGUUCUGUUUGGUUGGGCAAAAUUCAAUGCGGAUGGGCACAUUGAGGUCAAGACUCAUGAUGGUGAGAUAGGGGUUUUCAAUGCAGAACAUACAUUGAUAGCCACAGGGGGACAAGCGGCCUUCCCAGAAAACAUUCCAGGUUACGAGUAUGGUACUGAUUCUGAUGGGUUUUUCAGAUUAGAAAAUCAACCCGAGAAGGUUGUUGUCGUUGGUGCUGGUUACAUUGGUAUUGAACUGGCUGGUGUUUUCCAUGGACUGGGAUCCGAUACACAUCUCGUGAUUAGAGGUGAGACCGUGUUGAGAAAGUUUGACGAGUCUAUCCAAGAAACAAUUACCAAUCAUUACAUUAAUGAAGGAAUUGACGUUCACAAGAAGUCACAAAUCACAAGGGUCGAGAAAAACGAACCAAAUGGCAAAUUGACAAUUCAUCUGGAUACUUCAGAAGUCAUUAAUAAUGUCGAUGAAUUAAUUUGGACCGUGGGCCGAAAAUCCCUUUUGAGUAUUGGACUUGAUAAUGUCAAGGUUAAUGUGAAUGAUAAAGAGCAAGUAUGUGUUGACGAAUAUCAAAAUACCAACGUCAAGGGUAUAUAUUCUCUUGGUGAUGUUGUAGGUAAAGUUGAGUUGACCCCUGUCGCCAUUGCAGCAGGUAGAAAACUAGCCAACAGGCUAUUCGGUCCUGAGAAAUUCCUUAAUGAUAAGUUGGAUUACUCAAAUGUUCCAAGUGUUAUAUUUUCACACCCAGAGGCUGGUUCAAUAGGUUUAUCCGAGAAGGAAGCUAUAGAAAAAUAUGGUAAAGGCAAUUUAAAGAUUUACAAUUCCAAAUUCACAGCAAUGUACUACGCAAUGCUUAAAGAGAAAUCGCCCACAAGAUAUAAAUUGAUUUGUGCUGGACCGGAAGAGAAAGUUGUUGGAUUACACAUCGUUGGUGAUUCAUCUGCAGAAAUUUUGCAAGGUUUUGGCGUUGCAAUCAAGAUGGGAGCAACCAAAGCCGAUUUUGACAACUGUGUUGCCAUUCAUCCAACAAGCGCAGAGGAAUUAGUUACAUUGAGAUAG